AUGGCCGGUGACGUGCCUCCGGAAGGAGAGACCGGUGGUAAAAGCACAUCGGACGUUGAUGUAAAAAGGGCCUUUGAAAGGCUACAGACCCUCGCACAAGAGCGCCAGCAGAUUUUUGCCGGCACACAAAAAAUCUACGACCGAUUGACUGAGGAAUUGAAGCCCAACAACGUGGGCCAUUUUCAAUAUGAUAUGGACAGAAUUGUCAAGCUACAGGACAAUAUGGACAGCUUACACAGAGAAAUCAUUCAGUUGAAUCCUAAGGUCCCCGAAAAAUACCGAGUAGCCAUUGAAAAGACGGAAAAUGCUUUCGAAGCAAUUGUACAUGCAGCACAGGUUUUAUAUCUGUCUACCCGAGAAAAGGCUAACAGCGGACCCAAUGCUAAACCUAAUCCAAGUGGCGCCCAAAGCACCGUUAAGCCCCACAUUAAACUACCAAAACUGGAGCUUCCAAAAUUUUCAGGAAAGAUAACCGAAUGGUCCGCGUUUCAUAGUUUAUUCGACGUCAGCAUUCAUCAGGCCGCUACGUUGUCAGACAUCGAGAAGUUCCAAUUUUUGAUAUCGAAGCUUGACGGUGAAGCUAGGCAGCUAGUAGGCACUUUGGAGCUGACUGGAGAAAAUUACAACGCCGCAUAUGAGGCCCUCUGCACCCGUUACAACAAUCGAAGACGGCACGUCCAUCACCACCUAAGCAGCCUCCUUGACCUUCCAGAUAUACAGCACGAUUCAGCAUUGCCAAGCCUAUUAUGCAACAUUCAAGAACACAUAAACGCUCUGACCGCUCUGGGGCAUAACAAGGACUCCUACAUUUUACUCCUAACCACGGUACUAUUGAGGAAAUUACCAUUCAGGUUACGAAGACGUUUGGAAGACGCAAGAGAUGAUGCAACUACGUAUCCAACAUUUGAGGAACUUGAGCGGUUCUUACAGGCGGAAUGUUCCCAGCUGGACAAUUAUAAUACCGCUACAAAAGAUCAGAAGACUGAACCUAAGUUUCACCGGGCCAAGCCCGAAACCUCACGACACUUCAUGGCAACGGAAGGCAAAGGAAAGGAUGAAGGCCCCAAAUGUCCCCUUUGCCCACAAACCCAUCCGAUCUACGUAUGUAAGGAUUUCAAGAAACUCCCGAUCGAAAAUCGUGCGGAGAAAAUCAACCAAUGGAGAAGGUGCACUAAUUGUCUAAGCGACUCGCACUCCAGUGCAAGGGGGUGCCCCAGCAAAAGAUGUUGCAAAAUUUGCCAACAAUCCCAUCACACCUUGCUGCACAAACCUCAGCCAAGUUUUAUGUCCACGCAAGAGCCAAGCAUAAAUUUAGCAUCACCAAACCGCCAAGACACUAGCAAAGGUAGUGCCACUCUUCUCGGUACCGCUAUAGUAGGUGUAAAGCUCCCUAACGGUACAAUAGUGCCGGUUCGAACUGUUAUCGAUUCAGCGGCAAUGUCCACCUUUAUCACCGCUAAGUGCGUAAAGAGACUCGGUUUAAAAUACAAAGCAUAUCAGUCCCAAGUAUUGGGGCUUGGAGACAAGGAAUUGACGUUUUUUGGAGAUGCUAGCCUGACUCUUAUCCCGAUCAACAAGCGGGGACCCGAGUUGAAAACCCAGGUGGAAAUUUUGUUGAGUAUCACGGAAAAACUACCGACUCAACCCAUCGGGGCCGACGUCAUGCAACGUUGGAGACACUUGCAGCUUGCGGAUCCCAACUAUCAAGAUCCCUCAGAAAUAGAACUUCUGAUCGGAGCAGAGCUUUUUCCGUAUAUUUACACCGGAAAUAAAAUCUUGACAGACACUCAAGGCUGCGCCUUAGAGAGCAUUUUCGGCUGGGUCAUCACGGGUAAGAUAUCAAUUCCCGCAACGGAGCCGCAGAAAAAAAGGACGUUAAUCUCAACCGAAGGUGCCGCCCUAAAUCAAAUGCUAACCAAGUUCUGGGAGGUGGAAGAACCAGAGGCUCGAGUUGCUAGAAACCCGGAGGACGAGCGGUGCGAGGAGCUCUUCGUAAAACUUCAUUACAGACUGCCGUCAGGUAGAUUCGUGGUACCUCUGCCUUUGAAAACCGAAAAUCCAGUGCUGGAAAACUCCUUUUGGCUGGCUAAACACCGAUUGGAAUCGGUAGAGCGCAAAUUAAGACGAGAUAAGGCGCUGAAAUCAGCAUACGUCGAUUUUAUGAACGAAUACGAAAAUUUAGGUCACAUGGAGCUCUCAAAGACAACAGCCCAUGCCGCGUACUAUUUGCCCCAUCACGGGGUCAUCACCACCAAACUCCGUGUGGUUUUCGACGCGUCAAUGAAAACUAGCAGCGGAAUUUCACUGAACGACGUCUUGCAUACAGGGCCAAAGCUGCAGGCGGACAUAGUCCAAACAUUGCUCAAAUUCCGUACCUACAAAGUUGCCAUGGCCGCCGACAUCUGCAAAAUGUUCCGACAAAUUUUAAUUAGACCGGAAGACCGGAAAUACCAGCAUAUAUUAUGGAGACAAGACGAAUCCGAACCCAUCCGCGAGUACGAGUUGUGCACAGUGACCUAUGGAAUGGCAGCAUCUCCCUUCCUCACCAAUCGGGUGCUGAAACAGCUGGCAAAAGAGGAAUGGGCAGAAUUCCCGGAAGCAUGCAAAUCCUUAUCAGAAGAUAUCUACAUCGACGACUGGCUGUUUGGUCACGUGUCAAUACCGAGGGCAAUACAACUCAGAGACGCAGCGAUUGAACUAUUAAAGAAGGCCGGGUGUGAGCUGGCCAAGUGGGCGAGUAACAGCCCUGAGGCUCUUGAAGGGAUCGAAGACUGCAACAUGGCAACCCCUUUAGAGUUUGGUCAAGACAACGCAAAUUCUUUGGGAGUCCUCGGCGUGAGAUGGACGCCCCAAUCAGACACAUUUUCAUAUAAGCCAAUGGAGUUCAGCCGAGUAUGCACAAAAAGGGCGAUUUUAUCCAAUAUUGCCCGGAUUUAUGACCCAAUGGGCUGGGUCACACCAUGCGUUCUAGCAGCAAAAAUCAUCAUUCAAAAGUUAUGGAUAUCCGGAGUCGGAUGGGACGAGCCAAUCGCACAUACACUGGCGGAUCUGUGGCUGUCCUUGCUUGAUGAACUACACUGGCUCACAGCCCUAAAAAUACCGCGACUCAUCAUGAACCCGCAUCUACAACUAAUCACCUUAGUGGGUUUCUGUGACGGCUCGGAAAGUGGCUACGGAGCAACCAUCUUUGUCCUAAGCCGGAAUGAGCACGGAAUCGAGUCCCAUCUAUUAAUGGCUAAAAGCAAAGUGGCACCAACAAAGCCACUGAGUGUCCCCCGUCUUGAACUUUGUGGGGCACUUACACUUUCCAAACUUUUCACCAUUGCCUUCACAGUGUUUUCAAGAACCGAAUAUAAAAUCGAAUACUUUCUAGGCCUAAGCGACUCUACGACCGUUUUAAGCUGGCUCACGACCCCAGCCUUUAAACUGAAAACUUACGUGGCAAACAGGGUGGACAAAAUCCUUGAUGUGGUCCCUUCAGUUGCCUGGGGCCAUGUCUCAACUAAAGAUAACCCUGCGGAUCUGGCUUCGAGGGGUGUUCUACCCCAACGGCUAGUGAACAACUCCCUCUGGUGGACAGGACCUGAGUGGCUACAAACGGAGCGAAAGAACUGGAAAGUAACAUCAGUACAUUCGAUCAAAGAAACAGACCUCCCAGAUUUGAAGACAGAAAAGAUAACUUUCAUGGCUUUAAAGCAGCAGGAUAAUUUCAUCACGCGCUUCUCAGAGUACUCAAGGCUGCGAAUUGGCACGGCUUGGUGCCGUAGAUUGUUUGCAAACCGAAAGAAAUGGAUAAGCGGCGAACUCCAGGUAACAGGCCCGCUGACGCACGAGGAAUUGAGCGAAGCCACGGUUACUUUAGUUAAACUGGUUCAGAGCAUGGAAUUCCACGAUGACAUUGAAAGCAUUAAAAGGGGAAAGCCCACGAGCCACCGGUUGGCACCAUUAAAUCCCUUCUUGGACAGCCAUGGGAUUCUAAGGGUGGGGGGUAGGCUACAGCGCUCAGCCCUUAGUUUCCAAGCGAAACACCCCGCUAUACUCCCGAAAGAUAGUCAUCUAACGACCCUCUUGAUCAGACAUUAUCACAAGGCACAUUUACACGCAGGCCCUAGACUGCUUCAAAGCAUCCUUACUCAAGAAUUUUGGAUACUCGCGGCCCGCAACGCCAUUCGCAGUCAACUCCACAAAUGCGUGACCUGUUGUCGAUUUGCAGCGAAAAUGACCCAACCGCGAAUGGGAGAAUUACCCCCGAGCAGAGUUACCCCUGCGAGAUGUUUUUUGCGAGUGGGGCUAGACUUCGGCGGACCUGUGUAUCUGAAACAAGGAGUCAGAAAAAACGCCUCAUUGGUAAAGGCCUACAUAUGCCUCUUUGUAUGUAUGGCCACAAAAGCUAUACACCUCGAGCUAGUAUCCAAUUUGAGCACAGAAGCCUUUCUUGCAGCCAUCGAUAGAUUUAUAGCGCGCAGAGGGCUAUGCGAAGAAAUUUUUUCAGAUAACGGCACCAACUUCUUGGGCGCCAAAAACCACCUCAAUGAGCUUUACGAAUUUUUAAGAAGCCCAUCACAAAAAUCGGAGAUACGCCGCGAGUUGGCCGAAAAGAGGGUGUCCUGGAAUUUCAAUCCCCCCCUCGCUCCACAUUUUGGGGGAAUCUACGAAAGCGGCAUAAAGGCUGUGAAAUACCACCUCCGGCGAUCCAUUGGAGACCAAAAGCUGAAUUUCGAGGAGAUGAGUACUAUAUUAUACAAAAUUGAAGCCAUUUUGAACUCGCGGCCCCUGUGCGCGCUGGCAUCAGAGCCUGAGGACAUCACGGUACUUACACCGGCUCAUUUUUUGGUCGGCGGACCAUUGCUGAGCAUGCCUGAAUACGAUUGGUCCAAAGAACCGAAAAAUCGUCUGUCACGCUGGCAGCUUCUACAAGCGAUUACUCAAGAAUUUUGGCGACGCUGGUCGCUCGAAUAUUUGAACACGCUGCAACAGCGGCAGAAGUGGCUUACCGAUACGCGCCCGAUCGGCGUAGGAGACGUGGUCCUUAUCAGAGAAGACGGUUACCCGCCGCUCCACUGGCCUCUCGGCCGAGUAACCGCAGUACAUCCAGGAGCAGAUUCGGUGGUCCGAGUAGUGACAGUUCAAAGGGCAAACGGUCGCCAGUUCAAGCGAGCGGCGGUCAAGCUCUGUCGACUACCAGUCGACCCGUAG